CUCUGCGCGAUUCUCCAUCGCCGGCUUUCUCCAUCGAUCCGUGCUCCCUCACCCGCCGGUUUCUUGGGUCUGCUGCGCAUCUCACGGCCGGUUGAUCCUCACCAGGUAUUCCUCGUGAGCGAUUAUCGUCGAUUUCGGGUACUUGCAUGAGAAAAUGGAGGCUGAUGGAGGGGCAUGGCAGUCCAGUUUGAUACUUUUGCUGCCAUAGCAAUACCAAAGAAGGCAUCACACCAAACGGUUACUAGGAGGUCACAAUACAUAGCCGAUCUUUUGGAUAUUUCCUUGUUUGGACAAAUGACUUUAAUCCCCUAUAAUACCGGGAAUCAUUGGGUGUUGGUCACCAUCGACAUGGCGGCUCAAACAGUCUUCUACCUAGAUUCCUUAGGAGGAAUUCCAUCAAAGGAUUUGGAGGAAAUCAUGAAUCAAGGGGUGAUGAUUAAUGAUGCCCAAAAAUUUAAGAAAAUGUUGAAUUUGAAAUGGGUGAGAGUGAUGUGCCCUAAGCACACAGGAGGAGUUUAGUGUGGUUACUUUGUGAUGAAGUACAUGAAGGAUAUUAUAUCAGACGUGAAUAUGUUGAAACGGAAUCUGAGCGCAAUUGAGAACUUUUGAUUUUUAUUAAUUAAAUUAGUGUAUGUUGUAAUCAUAGUAAAUGCUAAUUAAUUUAAUUUUACAUUGAAGUUCUCUACCAUCAACGAGUAUACUGAAAAUGAUAUUUUACAUGUGCAUGAGGAGUGGGCUUACUUUGAUAAAAAAUGUGCAAGCGGACCCCACAAAGGCUUGAUGAAAUGCACGGAGAGAUGCAUUUCAGAUUGUAUUAUUGAUGGCGGUUAGAAUGAUCGGUGUUAUGUUAUGUAUUGAGAAUGUGACUUUUCAUAACUAAACAUUGAUACUUGUUGGGAAUGUGACUUGGUUUGUAUUUUAGCAUCUUCAAUGAUGCUUGGUAUUAGUUUUUUGUUGGAUUCUAUAGCCGCUUUUUUUUUUUGCAAGAAUU